AUGCGGGGCAGUGUGCUGCUGACCGCCCUUCUGGCUUUGGCCUCAGGGCCUGGGGCCUGGGCGGUGUGGCUGGGGAGGCUGGACCCUCAGCAGUUCCUGGGGCCCUGGUACAUCCUCGCCGCGGCCUCGGGCGAGAAGGACUUCGCGGUGGAGAGGGCAGUGAGGAGCGUCGAGGGGGUGCUGGUGAGCCUCACGCCGCAGAACCAUCUGAGGGUGCUGUCCUCCCGACACAGGCUGGACAGAUGCCACCUGCACACAGUGGAGCUGCUGAAACAGAAUUCUGGAUGGGUGUUCGGGAAUCCCUCCCUGGGCGUGCUGGAGUACCGGGUGCUGGGCACCAACUUCAGAGACUACGCUGUGGUGUUCACACAGCUGGAAUUCGGGGAUGAGGCCUUUAACACCGUGGAGCUGUACAGCCGGUCGGAGCUGGCCAGCCAGGAGGCCAUGAACCUCUUUUCCAAAUGGAGCAAGAACCUGGGCUUCUUGUCACAGCAGCAGGCCACGCUGCAGAAGGACUUCACCUGUGCACACAAGGUCCACCAGGUAAGCUGCCGACCCAAGCAGCCCCUGGGUCCUUGGGGCAGGAGGAGCCGAGGGGCCCUGGGAGCCCCCACCCUAGUGGCUCUACCGCUGUGCGGGGCUGGGGGCCUGGGAGAGCCCCUCAGGGCAUCCCAGGCUGGCAGUGCCCACCAGUGGCCGUGCUGCUCCCAGGGCUGA